AAAAAAGAAAAAGAAAAAGAAGAAGAGGACGGAAAUGAAGCCCUAUAUGCUUCUCCUCCUGCCUCAUGUAGUCAUGACCCUCUGCUUCUGUAAUCAAAUAUCAGAUUAGAAAGACGCACAGAGUGUGUGUUGUGUUUCUGUUUCAGUUUCAGUUUCAGUCUGUGCUUGCGUUGCGUUGGGUUUGGGGAGACAAAGAAAGAAAAUCGUAGAGAAAAAAUGUCGAAGAAGUUGGCGACGAGAAGAGAGCUAUUGGAGCGUUGGAGAGGCAUUGAGGAAGACGAAGACGACGAUCGUGAUCAUGAUCACGACCCCUCCCAAAUUCACCGUCUUCACCAACUUAAGGAGCAAUGGUUUGCAGAUGCGUUUAAUUUCUUAAUUUGUUUGCCGAAAGAAACUCAUAUCUGGUGUGGCACUGGGGAUUUAAUGGGUCCACUUUUGGAGACAUUCUACAAUUACUUCAAAGACGAGCGUCCUAAUUCUCCUCUCAAGCUUUUAUGGAAGAGAAUCUCCGAAGAAACGAGGCAGUGCAUCCAGUGCGUCUCUCAGCAACACCAAGCCCUAGAGAUGUACAAUGAGCAGUAUGAGUUGAGUUCAGUAGGUCCACUUCUUGAUGUGUUACGGAGUCUUAAUGAGGAAAGGGUGACUCAGCACUUGAGAGAGAUCACUGCAAGAAUAGCACGGGAAGAGUAUGAUCCAGCUCGUGAUAAUGCUGAAGUUAUUAGUGUCAUGUAUGAGGUUCUGAUGUUCCCUGCCCUUUUGGAUGAUCAGUCAUUGUUUACUGAAUUUGAAACGUUUAUUGAAGCUAUUGAUAAUAAGCAUGAACUGGCUCUGGAUGGACAGCAACAGUUUCCGGGUGUUUAUGCAUUAUUUUUUUUCAAGAGAAGAGUGCGCUCUGUUGGUCAUCGUCUUGCUGGAUCUAUGGGAAAACUGAGGAGAGUAACAGAAUUGGAACCUUUGCAGCCUUUGCUAAAGAAAUUUAUAUGCUUUUUGGAGAACGAAGUUUUGCCAUCGACUCUCGGGACUUCAAGGUCAAGAGUGAAGCUGGACCGUGUAUCCAUAUGGCUUGGAAUCAAAUCAUUGCUUGGGUUCUUAGAACCUCCAGCUUUUGAGGAAGGGAUAUUGGAGCGCUAUCCCAUUUUUCUUGACCUUGUGCUCAAUCAUAUCAGCAGUGAUUCAAUUGAAUUUUCUCAUGCGGUUACCUGCUUGAGACUGCUCUUUGAAAUGCUUGGUUGUAAGCUUUGGUUGAGGUCUACAUUGUCUGCAAGUGUGAUGCGCAACACUCUAUUGGGUCAGUGUUUUCAUACUCGAAACGAGAAAAGCCAUAAAGACAUUUUUGAUCUUUUUCAGCCAUUUCUGCAGUCUCUUGAAGCUUUGCAAGAUGGGGAACAUGAAAAGCAACGGAGGCAUUUUCUAUAUUUUCUCCUCCAUCAAGUGCCAGUCAGCGGUAACUUUAGUGUUCUAACAAGAAAAAAGGCUUGCCAGAUAGCACUUCUAAUUAUACACAGAGGUUAUAAGAUGAACCCGCCAUGCCCACCCUUUGAAUGUGCACAUAUGUGGGGCCCUUCUCUUGUGUCAUCCCUGAAGGAUUCUUCACUCCACAGUUCUCUAAGGCAACCUGCUUUUGAUCUUAUACAAACCAUUAUAGUGUCUGAUGCUGCUGCCCUUAUAACCUCAGUGUUGAAUAGCUGCACACCUUGGAGUAUUGAUAGAAGCAUGUCUAAUGAUUUGAAUGAUGCCGAACCAUUUGUUCCAGAUGUUGAAGAGGAGGACAAUAGUUCUUGGAGUGAAUUUGGUGCACAGAGUAAAAUUAGUUCUCGGGAAUUUAGGGAGUGGAUGUGCAUACCCAUGUUAUGGAUUGAUGUUCUAGUUGAAAUUGAUCCUUCAGUUUUUCCAAUAUCAUUUUCCAAGGCCGUUUUCUGGGCCCGAUCUCGUUUUCCAAUGGUUGAACCCGAAAGUAGUGAAGAAAUGGCACUUCCAGUGAGAACUUGGCUUUCGUCCUCUGCUACAGUGAUCUCCAAUUCAUUUGGUUGGAAAAUUCCAACUGGUUCUGAUGAUGGUGGAGAGGGAAAGGAGUCAAAAAACUCUGUAAAAGUAUCAUCAAUGUGUCUUCCUUUAGUAAGAACAUUCAAUAGGUUAACUGCACAGUUUGUUGUUCAAGUGGGGCAAGGAGAACUACGGAAGCAGUGGACUUGGGAACCAAGGAUGGGUGAAAGCUUGAUCCUUUCACUCAUUGAUCCUAAUGAUAAUGUGAGGCAGCUUGGGAAGUGUAUCUUGGAACAAGUUUCCAAUACACGGGGUCUUUCUUGCGGCUUGAAGUUUCUUUGUUCUAAUGGUUAUUCUUUGUCUGCCAUUUUUUUGGGCUUGAGACAUUCUUGUAAACUGGUAAAGAAUUAUUUUCAGCAAGCUCUUGGAAAUUAUGUUAUGGCAGUCUUACUUCGUGGUCUGUGUUUUCAGAUGACUUGUGUCCGCUUACUGGAGAUCCUCCCUGUUAUUUUUGAAAUAAUUUGUCCAUCAUUUGGUAAGAAGCUUGGGGAUUCCAGAAUGUUGGUGGAAAGUUUAUAUGACUUCUCAUGGCUAAAUUACCUGAUGGAUUGGGGGAACUCAUCACUUAAGGUCAUAAUCGUGUAUUGGAAACGGACAGUUACUACUUUGCUGACUUUCCUCAGAGGUUCACGUAAUAACUUUGCUAUGGAUGAAUUGACACAACAAGUUUUGCGCCUUUCUGUUUCAUUAUCUAAGGAGGCAUCUUGUAACAUUGAAAACACCGCCUUUAGGUCAAGAUCUUUAUUUCCUGAAACCUUGUCUUUUGAGAAAAAGAGUUUAGUUUCAGAUGUGCAGCCUCUUUCUGUGGAUGAUAGUGAUGUGGAGAUCCUGGACUCACUAACGGGAUCUUACAAAAAGGAUAAAGAAAAUUUGGUUGUUCUUUCUGAUAGUGAAACAGAGGAAUCAAUAUCACCCAAUGAGGCCAUUCUAUCUGAUACUGAGACAGGUCACUGCAUUUUGGAUGGCAAGCCUCUGGUUCCUGGGAGCACACCACAUUCUGACCCUAAAAAGGAGAAGGUUGCUGGGACUGGUGCUUCUAUGGAUUUGUUGGAAUCUUUUCAGCAAAAAGAUGCUACUGAUUGUUUGGUUGCUUCUAAGAAUAAGGACAUUGAUGAAUUAAAAGGCAAACCAGCACCUGCUUCUCUCCUAAAAUCAAAAGGGGUAGACAAUAAGAAGAAAACAGAAUACCCCAAACACAAUGAAAAUAAUUCUGUUUUGUCCCAGAAUAGAAUUAAUUUGAAGAACUCAGAUGAAGCUGUCAGUUCCAAUAAAAUGGUUCUAAAUUGCAACAGAAUUAUUUCUAAGACAAGUGAUACUGUUUUGAAAGAGAUUGUACGUGAUAGUGAAGAUGAUCCAUUUGAGUUGGCACUAAAAUCUGCAAGAAUUCAGCAGUCAGUUUUGUCAAAGUCCACUUCUCUUCCUAAACGGCAAGUUAUUCAACUUAAAUCACCAUUUGAAAGUAGAUUUGGCCGUUUACAUAGACUGGAGGCCGGAGUGAAAAGGUUCAAGCCACCGAGACUUGAUGACUGGUAUAGACCCAUUUUGGAACUUGAUUACUUUGUAACUGUUGGAUUAGCAUCAGCAAGUGAAGAUGGGACUCGAACUGUUAGCAAAUUAAAGGAGGUUCCUGUGUGUUUUCAAUCAUCUGAACAGUAUAUGGAGAUUUUUCGGCCAUUGGUUUUGGAGGAGUUUAAAGCACAAUUAAAUAGUUCCUUUCUGGAAAUGUCUUCAUGGGAAGAGAUGUAUGUUGGCAGUCUAUCAGUGAUGUCGGUUGAGAGAGUUGAUGAUUUUCAUCUUGUGCGAUUUAUUUAUGAUGACAAUGAUUCUGCAGCUUCUAGAACCUUUUCAGAAAAUGACCUUGUUUUGUUAACGAAGGAGCCUUUGCAAAAAUCUUCCCAUGAUAUUCAUAUGAUUGGAAAGGUGGAAAGGCGUGAAAGAGACAAUAAGAGAAGGUUAACCAUAUUAGUUAUCAGGUUCUAUCUUCAAAAUGGUUCUUCACGUUCAAAUAAAGCUAGAAAGAACCUCAUUGAUCGUAGUAAAUGGCAUGCAUGUCGCGUAAUGAGCAUUACACCUCAACUUAGAGAGUUUCAGGCACUAUCAUCAAUUAAUGGCAUUCCUAUAUUUCCAGUGAUUUUAAAUCCUGUCAAUGAUUCUCUUGGUAAUCAUGUAUCUAAGGAAGUGAAUCUGGGUAAGCUGGCCCAACCCUUGCAGCAAAUACUGAAAUCAUCCUUCAAUGACAGUCAACUUCAAGCUAUCAGUGUUGCUGUUGGAUCACCUAAGUUGAAGAAAGAUUUUGAAUUAUCUCUUAUUCAGGGUCCUCCAGGUACUGGCAAGACGCGUACUAUUUUGGCCAUUGUCAGUGGUUUGCUUGCUUCACCUUUACAGAGGACAGGUAAUGCAAAAAAUUCUCUUGUUGGUAGUUUGAAAACACAUAGUAAGCCAUUCUGGUCAAGACCACAGAUUAGUGAGACUGCUGCAAUAGCAAGGGCAUGGCAAGAUGCAGCCUUGGCCAGACAACUGCAUGAGGAUGUUCAAAGGAAUUCUUACUCCAUGGAAAGUUCUGCAAGAGGAAGGGUACUUAUCUGUGCUCAGUCAAAUGCUGCGGUUGAUGAGCUGGUAUCGAGAAUUUCUAGUCAAGGCCUUUAUGGCAGUGAUGGAAAGAUGUACAAGCCAUAUCUUGUAAGGGUAGGGAAUGUGAAAACAGUCCAUCCAAAUUCACUACCAUUCUUUAUUGAUACACUUGUUGACCAACGUUUGGUGGAAGAGAGGAUGAAUGUUGGCAAUGAAAAGAAUGAUUUAAGUGUGGAAUCUUCGAUGGCUUUACGUUCUAAUCUUGAGAAAUUAGUGGAUCGUAUCAGGUUCUAUGAAGCUAAGCGUGCUAAUUUAAGGGAUGGAAAUGUUGAUCUUAAGAAUUCUUUGGAAGAUGGUACUCAUAAGGGGGAUGAUGGGAAAGAAAUGUCUGAUGCAGAAAUAGGGUCACAGCUAAGAAAACUUUAUGAACAAAAGAAGCAAAUUUAUAAAGAUCUUAGCAAUGUUCAGUCACAGGAGAAGAAAGCUAAUGAAGAAACCAGAGCUCUUAGACAUAAGCUUCGGAAGUCUAUAUUACGGGAAGCUGAAAUUGUGGUCACUACAUUAAGUGGUUGUGGUGGAGACCUCUAUGGAGUGUGUUCUGAAUCUAUGUCAAAUAUUAAAUUUGGCAGUCCAUCUGAGCGUACACUUUUUGAUGCCGUCGUGAUUGAUGAAGCUGCACAAGCUUUGGAACCUGCUACUCUGAUUCCUCUUCAGCUUUUAAAGUCAAGUGGGACCAAAUGUAUUAUGGUUGGCGACCCAAAGCAACUUCCUGCAACAGUUCUUUCUAGUGUUGCAAGUAAAUUCCUGUAUGAAUGCAGCAUGUUUGAGCGAUUACAAAGGGCUGGUCAUCCUGUCAUUAUGCUGACCGAACAGUAUAGGAUGCACCCAGAAAUAUGUAGGUUUCCUUCUCUGCAUUUUUAUGACAGAAAGUUGCUAAAUGGUGAUAAAAUGUCUAUCAAGUCAGCUCCAUUUCAUGAAAUUGAGGGCCUUGGACCAUAUCUAUUCUAUGACAUUGUUGAUGGACAAGAGCAUCGCGGUAAGAAUUCUGGUGCAUUGUCCCUUUACAAUGAGCAUGAGGCUGAUGCUGCAGUUGAAGUACUUAGGUUUUUCAAGAAAAGGUACCCAUCUGAAUUUGUAGGUGGAAGAAUUGGUAUCAUAACUCCAUACAAGUCUCAACUAUCACUUUUACGAUCUCGUUUUUCAAGUGCAUUUGGAUCUUCUGUUAUAGAUGACAUGGAAUUUAAUACUGUCGAUGGUUUUCAAGGUCGGGAGGUUGAUAUUCUCAUACUUUCCACUGUUAGAGCAGGGGAUCCUAGCACUUCUGCACUUGGGAUCAACUCAAGCAGUAUUGGGUUUGUUGCUGAUGUGCGAAGGAUGAAUGUUGCUUUGACAAGAGCCAAACUCUCGCUCUGGAUCUUGGGUAAUGCCAGAACUUUGCAGACAAACCAUAACUGGGCUGCUCUUAUAAAGAAUGCUAAAGAGAGAAUUUUGGUUAUUUCAGUUAAAACACCUUACAAGUCCAUGUUUAAAACAGCCUUUUGCAAAAAUGUUGCUCCAAGAAUUCCGGACAAGCAUUCAAGACAGCAUAAGCAUGUUGAAAAGGCUAAAGAUGUUAGCCAGCAUGCAAAACAAAAUGAGAGCAUUGCAAAGCAAACCAUUGAAAGGAAAAUGAAAUAUGUAGGCGGUGCUGAUCACAGUCAAAAAAGGGGUAUAGGAGAUGAAAAAGAUUUUUUAGCAAUUAGAGAAAAUAUCCCAAGUAGUGGAAGAAGUGCCAGAGAUGAAUGCAAAUUCCCUGUGAAGACUGAUUCUUCUUCUUCAGUUACAAAUGGUAGCAACGGAACCUCUGAGGAUGUCAAGUGUGCAAUCUCAGGGAAACAAGUUACAGAUGGUGGAAGAAAGGGCAAAGAGAGUAGUGAAAAGAAAGUCAGUUUGGGGAAUACACAUACAAGCAAAAGAAAAGAUAAAUUUGAAAAUUAUAGGAGUAAUUUGGAUCACUCUGAAUUCGAAUUGGGUGAUAGCCAGAAACUUUUGAAAUCACAAGCGUCAAAAAGACUGAAGAAAUCUUCUGAUGGUGAUAGAAGCCAGAAAAAUCAGGAAGUUGCAAUUCCCUUACCUGAAAGCAGCCUUAAGGAGAGGUAUGCUAAUGAUGGAGAUAAAGUGCCCAGUCAAACUGGCACUGCUGAGGAUUUGAUUGCAAAAAGGAAAAAACAACGUGAUGCUGUUGAUGCUAUUCUUUACUCUUCUCUGAUAUCUUCAAAGAAGUCUGAAACAUCAAUGAAACCUUUGCCUGCCAAAAGACCUUUCUCAUCAUCAUCAAAUGUAAGUGGUGGCAUAAAGCCAUCCAAAACAAUAAAAGGUAUGGAAGUUCCAUCAGCAUCUUCAACAUCACGAGAUCAGAUCCAUCAACAUCGCAGUAAGAGGGACAAAUCUGUGGGCUCCCACGAUGGGGGUGAAGCCUGAUUCUGCUUGAAGUCAUUUAAAUAUCUGGUUCAAAAAGUGAAGCUUUGCUGUCAUUGCUGACUUUCCAGGAACUGGAAAGGAGAGUUUAGGCUGGCUUGGUGCACCAUCAGUAAGGGAUAAAGCAGCAUGCUUCUGCUAGUGAUGGCUGGGCAGCAGGUUACUUUUCGACAUUUUGCAUGCAAAGAUUCUGAAGAAACAUUUUUGGAACUCUUGGCCCUCAAGUUGCAAUUGGGUCCUGAAGUGCCUUGCAUUAUCCAGAUAAUUGACCUCUAAACCUGCUGCCAAUUUCAGGAAUCCUUUUUGACCAUUUCCUGGAGGUCCAUAUAAAAUUCCUUGACAUAGUCUGUCAAUGGGUGGAGCCCAUAAUCGUUACCAUAUUGUCCAUUGCGGAUGCCUGCUUUCACUGUAGUGUAUUAUCGUCAUUCAGAUUCAUGCUUGAAGUGAAGGUAGUCACAUAAUGGAUUCUAUGAUCUCCAUUACUGUUAGCAUCAUCGCUCCUGAGCCUUUUGUUGGCCAUUAAACUGUGCAAAGACAACACAAAGUUUGUAUAGUCAAUAGAGAGUAGAGGAAGAAAAUUGCCGGUUAAUUCCAAUGCUUAGAAGCGUUGUGCUUGUUACAGGACCUAGGAUAUGCUCAAGCCUAUAGCAGGAAGAAGUAAAAGGUUCACUGGAAAUAUUUUGAAUGACAUACGAGUGCAAAGAAAAUUCAUUUUAUUAGUAAAAACUUACGGUAAUUGUUAUGAGAGGUAGCUAUACUUGUAUUCUGACU